AUGCCGGCUGUUCAUGGAGAUCUCUUGGCUGCAAUGAUAGCCACUGAUAGAGAUUCAUCCGUUGCUAUCAGUCCGCGGCAGGUUACUCUGAGAGAUCGGGUUACUGUUGCGACAUUAGUGCCAAUCUCGUCGGCUGAUGAUGUGCCUCCGUCGCUGUUGCGGUACUUGUCAGAUCAGUUAAAUAAAGAAAUAGCAAAGGGAGACACCUAUGCCAUGAUUGAUCCUAUUCCGCUUGAGCAGUUCGCGACGUAUUGGUUCUUCAACUUUGGCGCCAUCAUGCUCCUAGGUGACAUUAAGAGUGUGUACGAGAUGAAAGCGAUGGAGCGCGCUGGGGCAGAUUGGACCAAGAUCUGCCUGGGCAGCUUCAAUAUCAGACCGAACUAUCCCGGACGUAGUAAUCAUGUCUGCAAUGGCAUGUUUCUUGUGACUGAUGCUGCACGCAAUCGCGGUGGUUAUACAUAUGCUGUCUUUAACUUGGUAUACGAAAGCAAUGUGGCCUCAUGCCGCAUUUGGGAUGCUCUUGGCUUCAAGCGCAUUGGUAAGGUGCCGAAUGCUGGUAAAGUGCUUUCCAGCCCGGGUGAAUAUGUUGAUGCGAUCAUCUACGGACGGGACCUGGGCCCCGAAGGCGAGGAUUCGGUCACGCAAGAUCGAUUUGAUAAGAUUCGGUACUAUCUGAAACAUUCCAAGUACCCUCGGGGUGCUGACCGGGCCGAGAAAAGCCGCCUGAGGAGUGCAGCCACCCAUUACAAGUUGAUCGAGGGCAAAGAUGGAGAUGCAGAGAAGCUGAUGUUGAAAGACAAAGAGGUUGUGUCGGAUCCCCAGCAACAGUACGAUAUCGCGCGGACCAUCCAUCUCAAGCAGCACGCAGGAAUUAAUAAGACAACAGCUGCCAUCGCAGUGAAAUAUCACUGGGUCAGGAUCAAGGAGACCGUCAGUCGGGUUAUACGGGACUGUCCCCAAUGCAAAGAGACACUUAAACUUCCUUUGGGCAAUGGCCUCAGACUGGAUGACGACCCUGAACCGAUGGAGAGCCUGGGCAUUCACGACAGCGAGACGAGCCUGUCUAAAUCAGGUCCCAUUGGGACCGCACAACUCAUGGACAAUGGGCAUCUAGACACUCACCAAAGCCAUAUUCCGUUCGCCUCAUCGCAUCCACCACAUAUUAUCCAUGGACAUGUGGAUGCCAUUACUGAUUAUACCACUCUCCCUCUUGAUCCGCAAAUAAUCGAUAUCAACCAGCAACUCUCCCGAUUUCACCCACAUGAUAGCAUUGCCGACCCAUACACGCAUGCCCACCACGGCCUAACCCAUUCGAGCUUUGAAGAUGCUGUCCGACAUCAUGCAGCCCAUGACUACCACAUGAUGGUCGAGGAUGCAGCGGAUGCAGAUGGAGUCGUUUUACGGCAGGAUGCGCUUGGACUCGUACAUCCACAGGUGAACGAGGUGCAUCAUGAUCACGAUAUAUUAUCAAAAUACGAGUAUGUCGGGCCGCCCGACGACGAUUUAGACUUUCCAUGA